GGUAAACAGCGCGCUAGAUUACGCAAUGGAAAACAUUUACGGACUCGAUAAAGCAAUUGCUAAUCUGCUGAGGGAAAAAAUGGCCCUGAAGGCAGAAGAAAUCAACCACGAAGUAGAGAACAUGGCUGCAUCGGUUCCAGCAGGAGGUCGCAUCAAAGAAGAUUCAGAUAAUGUUAAAACGAUUCGUUUGCUGAUAGAAGAUGGACAAGAUGUUAGCGCGAUGACAUGGGGAGGAAACGGAGCGAACGCACUUCACCUGGCGGCAGCUGACGAAAAGGCGGCGGAAUUCAUCGACGUCAUUCUGGAGACUGGGAAAUUUGACAUUAACGGAGUUGACAACGACGGAAGGACACCACUCCAUUACGCAAUAAAGAGACCCAAGCCAAUUACAAUCAAUUCUCGUCGUCUGAUUAAAAUGGGAGCCAAUCCCAGUGUAACAGACAAGAACGGAGUCACCCCUCUUCACAUGGCGGCGAGAAACGCAGAAUCGAUGGAUCUCAUCGAGAUACUCCUCAAUGCUGAAGCGGUGGACGUCAAUCACUACGACCACAACGGAACUACUCCACUCGCUUAUGCUCGAGCCAACAAACACGGAAUAGGCCAGAGGAUUAUCGAUCGUCUGAAGGAAUAUGGCGCAAAGGAAUAACAUCGUCCAACAGCGGGAGCACUGCAUGGCCAUAAUCCGGAGGUGAGCGGAAGAAUAUUGCCUGGAUUAAAUUGCCUUCGUUAGUAGUAGUGAAAUGGGACAGUUGAAGAUUUUCUUGGAUAUUUUAAAUUUAGUACAAAAUCCUUGGCUUACUUGGCUUACUUGAUUCAAUGCAACAUCCCAUGGAAAAUAAGUCGCUCCCUUUUUACAUUUAGUUGAAUCCUUAAUAUAGGCUGGUUAGAAUUGUAAAAGUGCAGCAUAAAAACCUUAUUAGAUUCACCCUGCUAUAAGCUUAACUCAUAAUUAAAAUUAAACGUCCUUACCCUUACCCCAAAGAUAUUACAUC